AUGUUGCGUCUACUGCUUUUGUCUAUAACCUAUAACGUACCCAAACAAGGAGCAGGACGCCAUUUUGUCAGUACAUUGGGCCCUGCUGUCCGAGACUGCUGGGCUUUGGCAUCCUGGGUCGCCCUCGCUCGCAGAGCAGCGAUGAACGCCGCGCAGGUGCUGGACGACGAGGUCCUGGCGGCGUACAGGCGUCUCGUGCAGCCGCACGUCGAGUCGUUCAAUUGCUUUCUGCGGGAGGGGCUGAGCAGCGUGGUGGAGGGGGUGCGGCCGGUGGAGAUCCGGCACCCCGUUACCCAAAAGAUUCGCAGCUUCUGGUUUGGAAGCCCCAUCAUCGGCCAGCCCAUCAAGACCGAAGCCACAGUUGGCAAAGAACAGCGGCUGUUUCCAAGGGAAUGCAGGCAGUCGGUGGUAAUCUGA